UUUCAAAGCUAUAUUCUCUGUGUCUAAUAGUGCUUCAUGAACAAUAUGGCACAAUUUCAGCUAAACGGUUUCGCCAUUGUGGUUGGAGCAGCCGGCGGAGUUGGUAAAGAGGUUGGCCUAUCAUUCGCUGAGGCGGGUGCGAAAGGUAUCUUAUUUGCCGAUAUUGAUUAUGAAGCGGCCACCAAAGUCGCCGAGGCUAGCAAAGCCCUAGCAUUGUCACCGACGUAUCGGGCGCUGUCAGUGAAAGUGGACGUGGUAGAUGUCAAUUCAGUGCAAGGAAUGAUCGAUCUUACAGCGAAGGAGUUUGGUAGAAUCGAUUAUUGUAUCAACGCUGCUGGAGUGGAUGUCGCGGAGUAUGUCCCGUUCGACCAGACCGAUCCCGAUGACUACGAUCGCGUUCUCGGAAUCAACACUAAAGGCAUAUUUCUCGUAACAAGAGCCGUGGCUAAGUUCAUGCAGUCUCAAGAGCCGGCCCAAAUCACCCUCAAGAGACACGGCGCUCGAGACCUUGGCCGCGGAUCUAUCGUUAACGUCUCUUCGGCCAUGGCACUAGUUGCAGUCCCUAACAAAGUGCCUUAUACAACAUCCAAACAUGCCAUCACUGGACUCACGCGAGCUUGCGCAAUGGACUAUAAAUCCGCUGGUAUCCGUUGCAAUCAGGUAUGCCCAGUAUGGAUUAGAACCCCGAUGUUAGAAGAGGAGUUCCAGAGAGUUCCAGAAACGGCCGCGUUCGUCAAAAAGGUUGCUGCUGUAGGGCGACCGCUCGAGUCAGACGAGGUAGCAUCAGCCUGCGUAUAUCUGUGCAGCCCUAGCGCGGUCUACAUCAACGGCACCACCUUGACUUUAGAUUCGGCUAUUCUGGCUGGACCUAUUGUAUGAAACAACAUUAUAUCGCAUUGAUAUUUAUAAGUCAAAGUAUAAGGUAGAGAUCAACUCUAACUGAUGUCUACCAAGAAAGAUGUG